GUUGAGUCGCUAGACGGAGGCCUAUCCGCGACACCCGCACCACCGUAACAUCGCUCACAGACCUACAGGACGGCCACGGCGACCUCUCAAAAAGCCUCAAACCCGUCAAAAAAGCGCCCUGGGAGGACUUUGUGCGACCGGGCUCGGGCUUUGGGUCACCGAGGGGCGGUUUGUGAGGAGAAUCGUGCGGCUGGGUGUUGUUAUUUUUGGGGCAGCUGAGUGGUCAUUGGCAGAGCUCAAUACACAACAGCUCGCGAGAGGAAUAAACACACACUUCACGCCUCUUAACACCCUCUUUUCGCUCCAUUUACAUGGGCUUUUGAGGAUUUUUUUUACGUUUUAGUUGAUCAGCACAACGCAGGAGAAUAAAAGUGGAGGUGAGUCUGGCUCUGUGGUACUGUACUCCUACCUGACCCGAGACUCGACGCCCCCCUUCCCCAACCUCCCUGCCACCCUGCCCUGCGCCCCACGCACCCCUAGCCCAGCAUGAACGAGAUCAGCGUUGUCAGAGAGGGCUGGCUCCACAAGAGAGGUGAAUACAUUAAGACUUGGAGGCCUCGAUAUUUCAUCCUAAAGAGUGAUGGCUCUUUUAUCGGCUACAAGGAGAAGCCAGAGACGUCAGACCCCAAUCAACCACCUCUCAAUAACUUCUCUGUCGCAGAGUGUCAGCUGAUGAAGACUGAACGACCUCGGCCAAACACUUUUGUCAUUCGCUGCUUGCAGUGGACCACUGUUAUCGAGCGCACCUUUCACGUGGACAGCAAUUCUGAAAGAGAGGAGUGGAUACGUGCCAUCCAGGCUGUGGCCAAUGGGCUCAAGUCCCGGGAAGAGGAUGAGCCAAUGGAUAUCAACUUUGGCUCCCCUGGAGACAACAGUCUGGAGGGGAUGGAGGCUGCCAUCACAAAGUCCCGCACCAAAGUAACCAUGAGUGACUUUGACUACUUAAAGCUGCUGGGUAAAGGCACUUUUGGUAAGGUUAUUCUAGUGAGGGAAAAGGCUACUGGCAUGUACUACGCUAUGAAGAUCCUACGCAAAGAGGUCAUCAUCGCUAAGGACGAAGUUGCACACACAAUCACAGAAAGCAGAGUGUUGCAGAACACACGGCAUCCUUUCCUUACGACACUAAAAUACGCCUUCCAGACACGAGAUCGACUGUGUUUCGUCAUGGAGUACGCAAAUGGAGGCGAGCUGUUCUUCCACUUGUCUCGAGAGCGCGUGUUUACGGAGGACAGAGCUCGCUUCUAUGGGGCUGAAAUUGUUUCGGCAUUGGAGUAUCUGCACUCUAAAGAUGUUGUCUACAGGGACCUAAAGCUGGAGAAUCUAAUGCUGGAUAAAGAUGGUCACAUUAAAAUCACAGACUUUGGCCUGUGUAAAGAGGGCAUUACUAAUGAGGCCACCAUGAAGACAUUCUGUGGGACCCCAGAGUACCUUGCUCCUGAGGUAUUAGAAGACAACGAUUAUGGUCGUGCAGUGGACUGGUGGGGUCUUGGAGUGGUAAUGUAUGAAAUGAUGUGCGGUCGGCUGCCGUUCUACAACCAGGACCACGAGCGUCUGUUUGAGCUCAUUUUAAUGGAGGAGAUCCGCUUCCCUAGAAACCUCUCACCAGAGGCCAAAGCCCUGCUGGCCGGACUUCUCAAAAAAGACCCCAAACAGAGGCUUGGCGGAGGUCCUGAAGAUGCCAAAGAAGUGAUGACACACAAGUUCUUCAACAACAUGAACUGGCAAGAUGUGCUUCAAAAGAAGCUCAUUCCACCCUUCAAGCCGCAAGUGACCUCAGAGACAGACACACGCUACUUUGAUGAUGAGUUCACUGCACAGACCAUUACUGUCACACCACCUGACCAAUAUGACAGUCUUGACGCGGAGGACCCAGAUACACGCACACAUUUCUCCCAGUUCUCCUACUCAGCCAGCGUGCGGGAGUGAACACCCCCUCCCCCCACCCCCCUCCUCCCCAACUCUCUCACCCUUACCAGCAAGCCGGACGCCCUUCACCUACACAAACUCAUACAAGGACACGUGCACCAGCAACCCAAGCCCUCCAGGAACGGGUUCUAGGCGGAACUACGGCACCUGUGAACCAUCCACCAACAGACAGGGUGGUACCCUCUGCUCUCAGUCCUGGUUUCCGAUUGGCUCAUCAUCCAGCCAGUCACAAGCCUGACACUACACACUGCUACACAAUCCAGCUAUCACUGAAUAAAGCUCAACCAAUCAGGUACCAUCGAGAAACACAGCUCAGCACCAGCAGGUUUCAGGACACACACACAUACAUACGCUCUCACUCGGAACACUGGACUCUUGUAAACACAAAUAUCAAACACACUCUAAAAUAUCUUGUGGGGACAAGAUAACGCAACCAAUUUGGACACUUCUCCCGCUGAUUGUUACAGUCUCAAAGCCAUAUUUCUGCAAAUGUACAAGUGCUCUUUCUGGAACUAGCUGUUACCAAUAGUGUUUUUACAGCCAGAGGACCGACGAAUGGGUAACACAGAAAGGAAUAGUGCUGUUUUUCUGCCUGGGUAGUGUACUGAAUGCUGUGUGUGUGUGUUUGGAUGAAUGCGUGUUUUCAGUCUACAUCUUCAACUGUGUGUCUUUUUGUGUUUCGAUUUUUGUACAUGGGCAUAAAGUUAAAGGAGUAGAACAGGGGUGGGAUUGUUAGGGGUUUGGGAGCCUCACACACUAUAGAUGUGAAAUUGUUUGUGCUUUAAAGGGAAGAGAGAGAGAGAGAGAGCAAGACAGCGCUAGCGUGUUAGCAGGGAGAUUGUGAUUUCCUCCCCAGCCGAGAGCCUUGGAGAAGCGUUGUCCAAUUUUCAUCUGGAGACCUCUAAGGUUAGUGUAUGAUAGAAAGGAUCAUGUUUUCAUUCUCUUUUUUUGCAGUCAUUGAUGUUGAAAUUUAUAGACUAAAGUACAAGAAACGAGAGCAAAGUAAUUGAGGAUCUGAAUGUCAUGUUAUUUAACUGCGUCCAACUGGUUUUAAGUAGCAGACAGUGAAAACGCGUAUCUACACCAUUGUUGUUGCAGCCUUGACACUUUUUCAUUUCUCCUCUUUUUUUAUUUUAUUAGUGUAGUAAAGAAUAAUGGUUAGGAUGUUUGAGAGGAAAAGUUCAAGUUCAUCUCCAGAUUUGUAACGUAGGCAUGCUUGUCCAGAAUGAACACGCCGCUUAGAUGUGUGAAGUGUUGUUUCUUCUUUUGCCUUUUUAAAGAUGCUUCAUGUAAGGAACGUCAUUUUUGUUUUCUUUUGUUCGUUCGUUUGUUUGUUUUAUUCAUUAUUUUAUUUGGAUCAUUCUUUUUCUUCAUUCACCCACUCCCUGAAAUUAAAUUGUCUUGAUAAAAAUAUAUAUAAAAUAUAUAUUACAAUAGUUUUUUUGUUUGUUUGUUUGAUCCAUUUUUCCAUUUGUGCGAGUGUGGUUUAUUUGUGCAUGUGUGGGUGUGUAAUAUGGUGGUCACAGUAUGUAUUUGCAACAGUUGGGAUAUGAAAUAAGUAUAUAUCGUCACCUUAGAUUUAUAAGGUUCUAUCUGACAUUUUUAUUAAAUGACAACUUAUUUACAUUAUGGGAUGUUUUUUUUAAAUAAAUUUUAUGAUUUUUUUAUUUUAAAAAACAACUUUACACACAUUGUUUGCUAUGGAAUGCAAAAACUUUGAAGUUCAAUAUCUCAAAAUCAUUUAGAAUGCAGAUAGAACCUUAUAAUAGAUGACGAAAUAGUUGAAGUCAGAAUUAUUAGCCCCCCUUUGAUUCUUAUUUUUUUCUCUUUUAAAUAUUUCCCAAAUAGUGUUUAACAGAGCAAGAAAAUUUUCACAGUAUGUCUGAUAAUAUUUUUUUUUCUGGAGAAAGUCUUAUUUGUUUUAUUUCGGCUAGAAUAAAAGCAGUUUUCAAUUUUUUUAAAGGCAUUUUAAGGUCAAAAUUAUUAGCCCCUUUAAGCUAUAUUUUUUUUCGUUGUCUACAGAACAAACCAUCGUUAUACAAUAACUUGCCUAAUUAUCCUAACCUGCCUAGUUAACCUAAUUAACCUAGUUAAGCCUUUAAAUGUCAUUUUAAGCUGUAUAGAAGUGUCUUGAAAAAUACCUAGUCAAAUAUUAUUUACUGUCAUCAUGGCAAAGAUAAAAUAAAUCAGUAUUAGAAAUGAGUUAUUAAUGCUAUUAUGUUUAUGUUAUCUUUCCGUCAAACAGAAAUUGGAGAGAGAAAAAUUAACAGGGGCGAAUAAUUUAGGGGGGCUGAUAAUUCUGACUUCAGCUGUAUGUACAUGUUACCAUCCCUCCUCCAUAAACGUACUCAUACAGGAAGGUCCUUCUUGGUUCCAACUCCAGGACCGAACGGAAGUGCUUCUACGGGUCUUAAAACACCAUGCCCAAAACAUGCUGUCUAUACAGGCAACUCGCUAGGUUUUAAAACAGCCCUUAUUGCCUUGACUGAGAGAGACCGCUAGAUGGUGCCAUUUACCCUUAUCACUAAACCAUACAUUCUGAUAUGAAUAACAUUUGCGCACUAUAGUUCACCAUUAAUGAUGCUCGACUUUAUUUUUUUGGCUGGAGCCAUGAGGGGUUGAAGAUCUAAAAGGGUCUGCUGUAAUAAUUUCCUCCAUUUUCUUGUGUGUGUAUAUACCUACCUGUAGGACAAAUCAGCUUUUGAAGUGGAAUUAUUUUGCAACUUUAACCAUCGACUGUUCUGUUCUGAAUGUGAUGAACAAUCACGAAUGUCAUCAUCGAUGCUCGGUUUGCUUUUUAGCGCUGGGGAUGCAAACGUUGGGGGGAAACUUGAAAUAUUUCAGCAAACUUUCUAAUUUUUUUUGCUACAGAGUUCUAUGGGUUAUGCUUUGCUAUUAGGGACAUUCAUGCAAGUAAAUUCUUUUACCAAAACAAA